UGGUAUUUUGCCGGAUUUUGUACUGUGUGGCAAUGCCGUGAUGGUGGUAUAAUGUGAAAUGUGAAUAAGAAGUGGAACAAUAUGAUAGUGAAACAAUGUUGUUUUGUUGUGACAGAUGAAGUAGUGCGAGAUUCUUGAAAGUUGAUUUGCCGCGUUUAAUAAAUAAAUAAUAAAUUUAAAUAAUAAUUAAAACAGGUGGUAAUUAAAUUGUUACAAUUAAAAAUUCUGUUUUUUUUAAUAUACAAUUCUAAUUUGUCAUCUUUAAAGAAAGAAAAAGAAAUUAAAAAUAAAAAGCAUUUUCAGUCAAUGUGGUUCGUCAUUUAAAAAACAGGGUGAUUACAAAAUUUUAAAAUGUUUAAAUUUGAUUUUAAAGUGGAUAACGGAUCCGAGGAGGAAAAUAUUUUUAAAGAUGAUACCAAAGAAGUUGUUAAAAAUACAAAAAAUGAAACCACUGUAGAGUGUUAUGAUUCUAAGGAAAUUAAACCACCAUCGAAUAUUAACGAAAAUUUGGAUCUUUACAAAGCAAAUUCUAUGGAAGUUAAUGCUGGUGACGUGACAUUGACAUAUAUUAAAUCUGGGGAUUUGUUGCAGUUUUUUGACACCAAUACAACUAAAGAUAUAACGAAAGCUGAAGAGAGUCAUUCAGAUUUAAUACCUGGAGUAUAUGAAGGUGGAGCUAAAAUCUGGGAAUGCACUGAAGAUUUGAUUGCAUAUCUUGCAAUUAACUAUCCUACAGAAAAAAUAAAAUCUAAAAGGGUCCUCGAUUUAGGCUGUGGAUCAGGAGUCCUAGGAAUUUAUGCACAUAAUGCUGGAGCGUUAGUUCAUUUUCAAGAUUAUAAUGAAGAUGUGUUAGAGAAAAUAACUAUCCCUAAUGUAUUUUUAAAUCUUCCCGAAGAAGAAUCUACAAAUUUGGAUGGCAUCAAAUUUUACUCAGGGGACUGGGCUAAAUAUACCGAACUGACAAAAGACGAUGAAAAAUUUGAUAUUAUUUUAACCUCUGAAACUAUUUAUAAUCCUGACAAUCAACGAAAACUUUUGGACACAUUUGAUGUGAAAUUAAGUGAAAAGGGUACUAUUUUGUUAGCAGCAAAAAUUUAUUACUUUGGAGUUGGAGGAGGUUUAAGACAAUUUGAAGAAUUAUUAAAAAAAGAUAAACGAUUUCAAUCAGAAAUUGUUUGGAGUUCUUCCGAGGGACUUUCAAGAGAAAUUCUAGAAAUAAAAAGGGCAGUACUUUAAAUUUGGUCUAUUUUU